CACUAUGACCCUCUAAUGGCCUCUUGUUCCCAUGUCCAGGGAGGAAUGAUCACCACUUUCUUCCUCAGCGUGGCUGUCACAGUCCUCUCUGUCAUCAAUGUGGGCAAUAGCAUCGUGUUCGCCAUGACACCACCAUUACUGGCCACCUCCUCCCUGAUGCCUCUCAGUGGCUUCCUGCUGGGCUAUGUCCUCUCUGCUGUCUUCCAGCUCAAUCCAAGGUGCAGGCGCACCAUCAGCAUGGAAACAGGAUUCCAAAACAUUCAACUCUGUUCUACCAUCCUCAAUGUGACCUUCCCCCCUGAAGUCAUUGGACCACUUUUCUUCUUUCCUCUUCUCUACAUGAUUUUCCAACUUGCAGAAGGACUUCUCUUCAUUGUUGUCUUCCGGUGCUAUGAGAAAAUCAAGCCUCCCAAGGACAAAACGAAAGUCAUCUACAAGGCUGCUGCAACUGAAGAUGCUAGUCCAGCUCUGGAAAAAGGCACCCACAAUGGCAAUGUUCCUUCCACACAACAACCUAGCCCUUCCCCCAAUGGACUGGAUUCUGGGCAGGUGAAAAAUUAGAAGCAUCAAGAAAGAACACCAAUCUUGCCUGAAUGUUUGUAUAGCACUUCCAGCAAAUCACUUUCUAGCAAAACCUAAGCUAGAGGAGCAAUCUACCCAGGAACCCUCACCCAUCCCCAACAUGGAAUUUGCUAUUUGUUCAAAAACUAAGAAACUGGGCAAAGUGGUUCAUGUCUAUAAUCCCAAUGCUCAGAAACUCAAAGUCAACCUUAAAGUACAAAGCAAGACUGUCAAACCAAAAGUACCCUUCAGUGUGGCUAUGAACACUCAUGAAGGCUGCACUCACCCCCCCCCACACUAUACACACAGCAGUAUCUGAUGAGCAUUAAUGUCACUAUUUCUAAACUUACCAGUAGGUAGGUGUUCAUUAAACAUCCACAACUUGUUUCAAGUAACUCAAAAGGAAAUAAACUGUAAUACUAAUAGUUCUAAUUUA